ACCAGCCCACAUUGCUGCUUUUGGAGGACAUCCACAGUGCCUGAAUUGGUUGAUUCAAGUGGGGGCCAACAUAAACAAACAGCUAUGCAAAAAUAAGAAAUGGGGAAGUUUGUGUUGAGUUUUCAGAAAAGAAGUCUGGUGCAUUGAGAACAGCUGUGAGACACCAGGAGAAUUGUAGAAAAAUGAAGGUGGCUGGAUGCAGAGGCUAUAGAUCGCAUCUUCUCCUUGAUACCUGACAAAAGUAACUUAUGCAAUAAGUUAUUGCUGCAUAGUGGUAGAAUCUUCAGAAGAGAAAAUACAAGAACUAUAAAUGCAUCUGGAGACCAGCUCGCUGACUGAUGCUGUACUCCAAACAGACAUAGUCACUGGCUAAUGCUUGUGUGAGGACAAGUGUUCCAUGGACACUGGAUACAAAACACAUGCUGAGAAAGAUCUGGGAAUGCUUGAUAUUUAAACUAGUAAACUUUUCCUUCCAAACUGACUUCUGGUCAUUGGCUACAGACUAACUUCUGGAAAAAGAAAAGGAUAGCUUCUGAAAAGGAAUCCACCCGAGUCUCUCAGUUUUACCGUAAACCUCCGGUAUUCAGUAGAAUUUGCAUGCAUGCUUUCUCAUAUCUGCCCUGAGGUAUGGUAUUGUAGCUCAUGCUGCCUGCCCUGAAGUUUAGGAAAACUUAAAAAUGUCUUAUAUUGUUGCUGGUGACAGUUGCCCAGGACACCUCAGGCAGCAGCAAUGAAGGACAAAUGCUGAAAACUGUUUGUCCCAACUGUACUUUGCUCCCUAAAUAAAUUCUGUGAGUAUAUCCUGUGAUGCCCAGCCCUCUUACAUAACUGUAUGUGCUGGCUAGAGUCACAUCUGUCUCAUCAGUGGGCAGUUCUUUCCCCCCAGGAUCACCAUAUAAAAUGUACAGGAGGAAAGCCGAAGUGCCAAGCAAUGGUCUGUCUGAAUCAGCAGCAGAUUCAAGAGAAUGUUCUAUCUACACUGUUUCUGAAUAUUCUUUUUUUUUUUUUUCCCCUCAGCGGGUUGUGCCUGCUAAUGGUUCUUAGUAGUGUGACUCAGGACCUGCAUUUGGCUGUCUGCCUGCUCUAGUUCACUGUAACAGUGCAAAGCAAUUACCCUGCUACUUUUCCUGAGGAUUUUUUCUGGUUUUUUAUCCUUGUCACAACACAGAUUGAUUCUGGGCUGUUGUACUUAUUAACAUCAGAUAAUAAUGAGUACUUUCUGAUUUAGAAAACCAUUAAUUUCAUUUAAAUCUAUCUUCCCUCUAGCCUCAGCCUAUUAAACAUUUCUAUUGUAUGUUGCCUUUGUUGACUGGCCAAAAGAAGUGUUGUCUGGCCUGUCAUAAAGAGAAGGGAAAAGAAAUACUGCACCCUUACAGGGGAUGCAACUUACUAUUCAUGCAGUCAGUUACCAUCACAUGACAGUGGUGGCAGAUAGUUUUAGGAGGGUUAGACUACCCUCAGCAGCAAGAGCUGUAAACAGGCUGAUAUCCUUGGUGGGGAGGAAGAAAACAUUCUUUUGCUGUAUUACAGUUUUUAUUUUAAACAAUUAGGAUAAAUGCAGAUAAAGAUUUCACCAGUCCUCAUUUGUACUCAAAAGCCUUUUUAGCAAAAGAGGAAAAACACUCAGUGUUCUUCAGUUUCUACUUCCUAUCUUUGUAAAGGGUAGGUUACUGAUACUUAGAAAUGAGUAGUGUUUGGAAAUGUGAUCAUCUGUUAGAGCUCGAAAUUCAGUGAGUUGAGUUAAGGAAUGGGAGUUAGUUUGUAUUUUUUAUCAAAGGGCUUCUGUGUCUUAGUCAGGGAUCAUUACUAGAAGUAUUUUACAAGUGCUUCAUAUUGUUGAGGUUUAAUCCCAGUGGAUACCUAAGCACCACGCAGCUGCUUCCUUGUUCCCCCCACACAGUGAGGGGAGGGAGAGAAUCAGAAAGGAAGCGUGAGAACUCAUGGGUUGAAAUAAAGAAAAAGAAAUCCUAGAAAAUCAAGUGAUAAAACAUUUUUAAAAACCUCGCAGCCCAAAAAGCUUUAUUGCUCACCACUGCACUGCUCACAACUGCAGUGCUGGAGCAAUGACAGCCCCUGUUUUACUUGCUGAGCAUGAUGUCGUGUGGUGUGGGAUAAUUCUCUGUUCAUUUGGGUCAGUGGUCCCAGGUGUGCCACAUCCCAGCCCACUUUUAGCUAGACAUUUGUGCACUAAAAAAACACUUUGCUGGUCACAAAUCCAAAACAUCUUACCAGGUACUAUGAAGAACAUUAAUUCUGUCCCAGCCAAAACACUACACAUAGUUGAAAGCUUCCAGUGUAGAUAUGUGUGUGUGUUUUAUUUAAAAAUAAAUUCCUGCAACUAAGUUGAUUUUGGUUGGGUGGGUUAUUUUGGGUUUUUUGUUUUGUGUUUUAUUUUUUUUCUUUGAUAAAUGGAAGGAAUGUAAAGGUACCAGAGAGUGAAAUCAAUUAAAUCAUAUCUAGGGACUUGGAAUUUGGAGAACAAAGUGGAAAUGUGCUCUGAAUUCUACUGGGCCAUCCUCAAGCCAACAGAAUUUGGGUCCCAAAAAGACAGAAGGAGGGAAAAUGGAGUAAAAAAUGGCUUUAAACUUGUCCUGAGGUGAAUUGAAAAAAUACCCAUACACUAAAGAGGCCUGGGAAGAGAGUUUGAGAAAAGUAUUUAAUCAGUAGAGGAAAUGUCUUUUGAGGUUAAACAGCAUAGUGAGGAACUGGAAACUGAUUAAUCAAGCUGAGAUUGCUUUUUUUGGCUUUAAUCAGUAAAUCUAAAGACUCUUCAGCCACGUGAAUAAAAAGAGCAUAAGGAAGGAAGCUAGAUGUUUAUUCAGUUAAAUGAAAUAGAAGUCAAAGGUAAUCUAGUCAUGACCCCAAGCUAGAGAAGGCUGCCCUUGUCUGUGUGAAAGGGUAGCUGUUCUUUCCAAGGGGAAAGAGGAAGGCAUUCAGCAGUGAGUUGCAAAAAUUAAGUUUGUCUGUGAUGCUUCAUGAAUCUUUUUUGCCAUUUCUUCAAGAGCACAAAAUAUUUAGUAGCCACAGAACCAGUCAAAUGUAUUAUCUUGAAUGCCAAAUUAUUGUAACUUAAUUUUAGUUUCUAUUCAUUUAUUUAUUUAUAAUGGAUCCUCUAGAGUGUGAGACAGGUUUGGGCUGUUGGUGCAGUGUUGCAGCUUGUCCCUAGAGGGACAAGUUCUGCUCUAGUUGUGAAAGGCCAGUACAAGUCAUUGAUGCUUCCCUUCCUGGAAUAUUAUUGCAAAAGGGAUUGUAUCAGACUCAAGCACAGAUGGGGAGUGUGACCAGUUUAAAGGAUUAUGAGGUGUUACCAGGGGUAUUCACGAAUUUAUAGAGUUUCUCAAAAUAAAAAACUACUUUUUCUCCACAUAGCUAGAAAGAGAUAGGGAAGAAGUGUCUUACACAUAAGAAUGUGCUGAUGACAGGCUAGACCCUGAACUGUUCUCAGAAGUUUCUUAGAAAAAACUGUUACUUUGUUUUCCUGUUCAGUCACAUCCAUUCCAGUUGCUGAAUCAAAACAGAAUUGUUCUGACUCAUACAGAGUACUUUUGUUUUCUUCUGUAUGCAUGGAUUUGGAUGCAUUGAAAAAUAAGUAAAUUGAAAAGCUAUCUUUCAGUGGGAGAUAUAUAUAUAUAUAUAUUUUCCAUUUAGUCUAGUUUAUAGUCCAGAGAGAAUUUCUGAGGAGAGCUAGGAAAGUGUUUCAGUGCAAAUAUAUUUGGCCCCUUAGGAAAAUUUCAAAGAGACAUAAUAGUAGUGAUGACUGAAAUUUGGGUGCUGUAAUUAAAAGGAAUGCUAUAAAAAUCUAAAUCUGUGUAUUCUGUAAUUUUUUAAGUAUUUCUUGAAUUCCUUAACUUUGGACACAUGGUUUUCUGGGCCAGUGAUUGAAAACAGCCCUUCUCAAGACAUGUAUUCUCUUCUGAAAUACUAAUCUUUUCUGUUUGGUGAUGGAAGUGGUAGCUGCUAAAGCUUAGCUUAUUUUUCUAACACAGUGCUGGGGAGUCCUUUUGCAAAAGUCUUUUCUCAUCCUUUUUGUGUUUCCCCACAGCAAUGUUUAAUUCAGUUCUCUAGAUCUUACUGUGGGGCAGUGUGCCAGGUUUAUGGGGCAUGAGGAGAUUAUGUUAUCUCUGUCACUUGCAUGACUGACUAACCCUAAGCUGAACUUGAUAUUGAGUGAUUAUCUUUUAACUUAGUGUUGGGCUAGUAGAUACUAAUGCUGACCAAAAGAGGCAAAUCACUUUCUAUACUUUCACCACUUUAAUGAAAGGGGGGAUGGGAGGAAGCUAUAACAGAAUGAUGAAUCGAAGACAGCUUUCAUGAUUGGAAAAUUUACUACACAAAGAAAUUUUUUUCUGGAUAAAUUAGCAUUGAAUAGAUUUCCAUGCAUGGUAGUUCAAAAAAUGUUAAAAAAUAUUGUAUCCUCUCUUAAACUGCUCUCCCUUCCUGUUACUUCGGGGGAAGCUAUAAAUAGGAAAAAUUGCAUAAACUUCAUUGGAAGGCAGUCUUCUAUCCAUCAGCUACAGACAUCUACUUUGGAAGAAGGGCUGUAUAACCCUUUUCUAAUCUCUAAGGCAUUUGCUGCUGUUUUCUGUGUUCAAACUUUGUCAGCUUCAACAAUUUUCCUUAGUUUAUAAGAAAGUAAACUUUGGUGCCAUUAUUGUUCCCUGCUGGAUGUGCUAGGUAGUUCACAGUUUGGCUGAAUAUGUUUCACUGGUAAGCUGGGUUACCCUCAGUGAAUUUGUAACUUGUUAUAAAGAUACUUCACUGUGAAAUAAAACUGUCAAGUAGAAAAUUGAGGAUACAUACCUUAUAAUCCAAAAUUAAUUUUCAAGUUAUACUUACAUGGUCUAGAAGAUAGGAUUGAAUUUCUCAAAAGCUUGGCAAACAAUUUAAGGUAUUUAGUAAAGCCACUGCUUUUAGGUAGUAUGAUCAUAUUUUGCAUACGUUCACAUUUCAAGUAGAGCUAAAGUGUAACUAGUCCUGUGGAGUUAGGCAUGAACACUGUUGUGUGUAAACUCUGGUGAAUCAGUAAAGGUGCUGUGUUAAUUUAUUAGCUAAUGUUGAUAUUUUAGUAAAGAGAACAAGGAAGCUAAACUGAGGCACAUACAGUUAGAACAUGUUUAAUAUCUGGAACAGACUAGUGAAGUCUGUCAAAAGUCUGGAGACAAAGAGAAGGGGGAAGAAAACAAAGUAAAAAAAAAAACCAAAACCAAAAAACCAUUGCUACACUGUAGAAGUGUUGAGGAUGAAUCACAUUAACAAACCAGUAACAACAUUUACUUGCUACUCCAAGGCAAUGUUUCAUUACAGAUUCUUCUCUGUGAUUCUUAAUACUGAUGGUUAAUUGCAAGUAUUGAAUUUCCUCUCCAGUCUUUACAUCAUGAUGCAUGAAUUUACCUGCUGCUUGCUUGAAUUUGUAAAAUUGUUGUAGAUCCUCCCUGUUACCUGUAAGACAGUUAAUGGGGAGGAGUUGCCUGAAAAGCAGUACUCUGCCCCCAGUAUGUCUGCACAUUAUGUGAAAAAAAAUCUAAUGAUUGGAUGUGCUGGUUGAGAAUAAUGGAAUUUAAGUUGAUAAAAUCAGAAAGACAAAUAUAUAGGAUGUGAGUCAAUGUGUAUGUGUUGGGAGAGAUCUGGCCUGUCCCAUGAACACUGGGCAUACCUGUUACAGUAGAGCUCUGCGUAUGUGCUCUCUCCUCCUGCCAAGUACUGAUGGUGCAGCACUCAAGGGCUGAGUGGGCCUUGCUGCACCCGAGUUCAAGAGGGCUUGAGCAGUCCAGUGUAUUGGGAAAUGAAAGUGCUGGAAGAGGAACGUGUUGGAAUAAUGUGUUACGGUGCUAUCUGUUGGGAGGGUUAACCAGUUUUGCUGAAUAUGAGUCUGCUGAUUGCCAAGCUGUUGGAUAAGGCUUGAGAGUUAAAUGCCUUUAGUGUUACUUCUUGCUGAAAGUCUAAUGUACAUGACAUGCAGACUUUAAAGUAAUGAUAAAGUACUUGAUGUAUUUGCUAGCUAAUAAUAAAUGCUGACUUUAUGUAUCUUCUAUCUUAAUAAAUGUGAAUACUGUAAUAAUGAUAUUUUAUUUUUUAGAAACAUUAUGCUUGACAAAAUGUAGUUUGUCUUUACAGGAUUAUGUUGGUGAAACUCCAAUUCAUAAAGCAGCACGAUCUGGUAGUAUGGAUUCCAUAAGUGCCCUUGUGGCUCAUGGUGCGCAAAUAGACUUGAGAAAUGCCAGUGGCCUGACAGCAGCAGACCUUGCACAUACCCAGGGCUUCCAAGAAUGUGCCCAGUUUCUCUUGAACCUCCAGAACUGUCACCUGAAUCGUUUCUAUAGCAAUGGCACCUUAAAUGGGGUUCAUCAGAGUGCAGGUCCCAAUCCAUUCAGUGGUGGGACAAGUCGAAAGAGAUCCUUUGAAGAUACGGAGUCUGCUGGAGUAAAGAAGGCUAGAACAGAAGCUUACAGCUUUGAUGGCUUAAUACCAAUGAUGAAUGGAGGAGCUGAGGACGAUGCUGACAAUAUGCACGUUGAUAGAGAGUUUGCUGUUGUAUCAGAUAUGAAUAGCAGUAGCUCCAUAUUGAAUGCACUGACAAAUGGAUGUGCCAUCAAUGGACAUUUGGAUUUCACCGCCGCACAACAGCUCAGUGGGAUGGAUGCCAGGCGUGAGGAGUGCUUAGCAUUAACACCUAACGGAGCAAUUCCUGGAGUAACUUCUCCCAGUAGGCAUCGAAUUCAUGCCACUAACGGCACCGAGGAGCCGGAAAAAGCCAUGAGUAAUUCCACCGAUAUGUGUGGAUCUCUCCACCUGAACGGAAGCCCGAGUAGCUGUGUUUCCAACCGGCCCUCAUGGGUGGAAGACCCUGGAGACACUUUGCACUAUGGACACUAUCAUGGUUUUGGGGAUACUGCUGAAAGCAUCCCUGAACUCAGUAGUGUUGUUGAGCAUUCCAAUUCUGUCAAGGUCGAACAGAGAUACGACAAUACUGUCCUAGGCACAAUGUAUUUGUACCACGGUUCCUAGAUGAAUGACAUUUAUAUCAAAUGCAUAUUGAAAUUGCUACCAAAUGAAACUGGGGGGACAGAAUCCUCACAUAGCAUUAAAUUUGAAGAUCGCAACUUGUUGCUAUUUUUACACUUUGUUUAUAUGAAAAGUAAACCUUUAAUUUGACGGCCUUAUACAAUAGUUGUAGUUUGUUGCAUGUAUGGGGCUUAUUUAGUGAUAAAAUAGGUGCUGUCAUGAUGGAAUGUUUAUUGUUUUAAUUUUUUUAUUAUGGAAUGUUCUGGUUUUGUAUUUUUUUUCUAAGCUUGUGAACACUAUCUUUCCCUUUUUAGAGCUGUUUUCCCUUUUAUUAAAACAAUGUUUAACUGAAUUUUGUGAAGAAAAUGUUACAUAUGUGCAUCACUUAGAGAUAAAGGUUUUUCUUUCCCGUAUCUUCUGCUGAAGCUGUGGUAGCAAUAUCAAUGCCAGCUCUCACUAUGCAAGGUUGAAAGUGGCAAUCUUCUGGAGCUUCUCUGACUUUAUAGUUUGUACAUUUGUUUGGUAUAGUUAGAUGUUCAUCUUUAAAUUUUUCGAGCAAGUUGUUUAAAAGUGAGGAGACAAAUUUGGAAGGAGUUGCUGUUUCACUUUCUGUAGCAUAGAAGUGCUUUUUGUUGUUGUUGGGCUCUUUGCAUUACAGAGUGGGGAAGUGGGCUGCCUUUGUUUGGUCGCAGUUGGGUGUGCCUCAGGUUAGCUCUGUGGUGGGUUUCUUUGGCUUCUCUCCUUUGUAUGUGUGCUUGAUGUUUUACCAUAGCUCACAGACUGGGGGCAUGUUGGCACUGUUCUGCUUUGUAUGCAGUUUAAAAUUGCUGUUACUCGUUAUAGAAUUUGCCAAGUCAAAAAAUUUUGAGUUUGACUGUCUUGGAUAUACAUUUAUUGUCUUUUUUUUUUUUUUUUUAACAUAGGCUUUGAAAAUGUAACGUUGUGUACUCUUUGGGCUAUGCUCACGGAAAAUACAUUGUAUUUAAUGCUUAAUACACAAAUCAAAAUUCAUAUAAGUGCACUAUAUGAGCACUAAUAUUAUAAGUUGCUGCUUGUGUUAUAAGUGAAGAGUGGGGAAGAAUAUGGUAAAUGAGAUAAGCCCUCUGAAUUGUAUUGAUUUUUUUGUUCUUGUUUUGUUUAAAAAGGGACCUUUUCAAAUUGGAUUUAAAAAAAAUAAAGAAACAUAUUACAUUGUAUCU